CAUCGAAGAAAAAUCAUGUUUGAUAUCAUUAUGUAAAACGCUGAUAUCAUGAAUCGUUCAAUCUUCAAAGAUUAUUUGUUUGCUAAAAAUGAUUGCCACUUAGAUCAUGAAUUAAUUCGUCGACUUUGUGAAGGUUUUUCGUGGAGAAAAAUCGAAGGCAAAUCACGAUUAGAAAAACGAAAAUUUUGCAUACGAUUCGAAAUGUGUAGACUUGAAUGGUACAAACCGAUGUCAGGAUAUGAAGAAUUUGAAGGUUGUAUCGAUUUUAGAGACAUUCAAGAAAUUCGAAUUAUUGAAGAGAACGGAGAAAAGUUUGAUAGCAAAACGUUUGCCAUUUUAUACGGGAAAAAAUUUUGUCUUCGAAAAUUAUAUUGUAUUGCUGAUGCUGACAUAUGUCCGGAAAGAAUUCGUAAUUUGUUUAAAUAUAUAAAAAAUAUUGCAGAAUGGGUGCCGUUCAGAGUUCAAGUUGAUAUUUUAUUACAGCGAGAAUUUGAUGAAUAUUCUUCACAAAGUCAACAUUGUAAAGGUAUCUAUCUAAAAGAUUUAAAACAUUGUAUUACUCGUCAUCAUAUAAAAUUAUCAAGCAGCCAAUUGAAAAAAUUAUUCUACGAUGUGGAUCAGAAUUUUACUGGUUGUCUAGAAUACGAUGGAUAUGUUUCACUGUAUAAUAAAAUAAGCAAUAUUCAAACAUCUAUCGAUUCAUCAUAUCUGGAUUCAUUAUUGCAAUCAUAUUCGAAUGAUUUGAAAAAAAUUAAUAUCGAUGAGCUAAAAGAAUUUUUUACCAAAGAACAAAAAAUUAAAAUAUCGUUUCAACAGAUUAGCGAUAUUGUUUUUCGAAAUUCUUUAGAUACAUUACGUCAUUAUGAAACACAAGCAUAUUUUACUCGAAUAGAAUUUAUUGAUUAUCUGUUUUCGAAAGAAAAUUCUAUUUGGAAUGAAUUCUGUAGUGAUGUUACACAUGAUAUGAAUCAACCACUUAAUCAUUAUUUUAUAGCUUCAUCACACAAUACAUAUUUAACUGGUGAUCAAUUCAAAAGUGAAUCUUCAGUCGAAUGUUAUAUUCGAUGUUUGCGUUCUGGUUGUCGAUGUGUUGAAUUGGAUUGUUGGGAUGGACCUGAUGGUAAACCAUUGAUUUAUCAUGGCCGAACAUUAACAACGCGUAUUCAAUUCAUCGAUGUUAUCAAAAGUAUUCGUGAUCAUGCUUUCGAAGUUUCACCAUAUCCUGUCAUAUUAUCUAUUGAGAAUCAUUGUAGUAUAAAGCAGCAAAAGUUUAUGGCAGAAUGUCUACAAGAAAUUCUUGGUGAUUAUUUGUUAAAGAAACCAUUAGAUUUGAAUGAAACAUGUUUGCCAUCACCCGAACGCUUAAAACGCAAAAUAAUCAUAAAACAUAAGAAAAGACGAUUGGAUUGUGAUACUUUGAAAGAAUCAAACAACAAUAAUAAUAACAAUUCAAUCAAACCACCGGUCGAACCUAGUUCUUCCAAAUCAUUAAAAGAACGUAAUGAAAAUGACUAUAACGAUUGCAGUAAUUCUAUCAAAUAUGGAAAUUUGCUUGUAUACUCUGCUGAUGAGAAAAGAUUCAGAAAACAUUUCGUCAUUUUGACAAAGAAAAAAUUGAAUUACAUUCUGGAUACAAAUGAUGAUCAAGAUGAAGAGGAAGAUGAAAGUGAUGAUGAAACAUCAUACGGAACAAUUGGAAACAAAGAAAAUAAUUAUUCAGCAAAACGUACAUCACCUAAAAGUGAACUUCAUUAUGGUGAACCUUGGUUUCAUGGUAAACUAAAAGGAGGUAGAUCAGAAGCUGAAAAAAUUCUCCUAAAACAUCUGGAUCUUGGUGAUGGAACAUUUUUGGUACGAGAAAGUGAAACACAUCCCGGUGAUUAUACGUUAUCAUUUUUAUUUGAUGGCAAAGUACAUCAUAGCAGAAUUAAAUUAGAUUGUCUUCCCAAUGGAAUCAAAACGUUUCGAUUAAAUGAUCUUAUAAGUUUUAAUACGCUUUAUGAAUUAAUUGAUUAUUAUCAGACAAAACCAUUGAAAAGUGACAAAUUUCAAGAAUUAUUUCUACGUAAUUUUGCUCCACAUGAAAAUACUCAUGAAAAUAAACCAUGGUUUUAUAAGCAUUUAUCUAAAGAAGAGGCAGAAGAUAUUCUAAAACGAUUACGACAUAAUGGAGCAUUUCUUGUACGAUAUAGCGAACAACAGGAUAAUCAAUUUUCAAUUUCAUUUCGAGCCGAAAACAUUAUAAAACAUUGUCGAAUCAAAACAGAAGGACGAUUAUUUAUGAUCGGAAAUGAAGAAUUUGAAAGUUUAACCGAAUUGAUCGAAUUUUAUGAAAAACAUCCACUUUAUAAGAAGACAAAGCUUUUGUUUCCAGCCACACAAGAAAAUGUUCGAAUAUUAGGAGGAGAGCCAACAGAAUCACAAAGUAGCUACAUGGAGCAUGGCUUCAUUCCAAAAGAAGAAUCAAAAGAUUUAGAAUAUUCGGAUGAUGAAAUGGACGAAGAAGAUGAACAAAUUAAAAAUGAAAUCGAAACUUGGUAUUCGAUUGAGCUAGAUCAAAAUAUUACCAUAUCAUUAUAUCCAUCUGAAAUGAAUUCAUUCAAAAUAGGAUCAAUGAUAUUUAUGGCACAAGAUGAAAUAGAAUGUCAAGAUUGGAUGAUAAAAAUUCAAGAAAUUCUUAAUAAAAAAGUUAAAAAUAAUAAUUUGAAUAAAGAAUCAUCAAAACGACAAAUUCUUAAAAUUGCACCAGAAUUAAAUGAUUUGAUUAUAUAUUGUUGUUCGAUUGGUUAUGAUGGAAAGACAAUGGAUUAUCGCGAAAUGUGCUCGAUUCGUGAAUCAAAAAUUGAAAAACACCUGAAUAUUAGUCAAUAUAAAACUAUUAUAAAUUUUACACGUCAUCAAUUGAUGCGUGUCUAUCCGGAAGGAACUCGAAUAUAUUCAUCUAAUUAUAAUCCAACAAAAAUGUGGAAUUGUGGUAUACAGAUGGUUGCAUUAAAUUAUCAGACAAAAGAUAAACCGAUGCAAUUGAAUCAUGCAAAAUUUCUACAAAAUGGUCGAUGUGGUUAUGUUCUGAUGCCAUCAUAUAUGAAAAGUGAAAGCUAUAAUCCAUUUGUAAAACCUGUUGAUCUUGAUUGCUGUUCACCUAUUGUUCUCACUGUUAAAAUAAUUUGUGCCAAAAAUCUGAGAAAAUUAAUUAAAGGCAUAUUGAGUCCUUCGGUAGAAGUCGAAGUUAUUGGUGCCGAUUUUGAUUGUAGAAAAUAUGCGACAAACAUAAUUUAUGAUAAUGGCUUAUGUCCAACAUGGACUAAUGAUAAUCAGUUCAUUUUCCAUAUAACUUACCCGGAACUUUCAUUAUUACGAUUUGUCGUUUAUCAUCGAGAUAAUUUUGAUGAAAGCAGUUUGGUAGGUCAGGCCACGUUUCCUGUUUCCUGUAUCCGACAAGGAUUACGAAGUAUAAGAUUGAAAAAUGAAUACAGUGAACAUCUUGAGCUGGCUACUCUAUUAGUACAUAUCGAAAGUUUCCCGGUCAAAGAUGAAGGCGUCGAAAAACUAAAUCAUUCGAUUGAACUUUUAUCACGAUUGGAAAAUAACAUCAAUGAAUUAUUGACACGAUGAGCAAAUCUUUUUUUUGAAGAUACCACCUGGAAG